AUGAGAAUACAGCAGAGUAUGUGUUAUACAUCCAGUGAGAAUACAGCAGGGGAGGGGUCUGAUAGACCCAGUGGGAAUACAGGAGGGGAGGAGUCUGAUAGACCCAGUGGGAAUACAGGAGGGGAGGGGUCACAUACAUCCAGUGAGAAUACAGGAGGGGAGGGGUCACAUACAUCCAGUGGGAAUACAGGAGGGGAGGAGUCUGAUAGACCCAUUGGGAAUACAGGAGGGGAGGUGUCACAUACAUCCAGUGAGAGAAUACAGGAGGGAGGGGUCACAUACAUCCAGUGGGAAUACAGGAGGGAGGGGUCACAUACAUCCAGUGGGAAUACAGGAGGGGAGGGGUCACAUACAUCCAGUGAGAAUACAGGAGGGAAGGGGUCACAUACAUCCAGUGGGAAUACAGGAGGGGAGGAGUCUGAUAGACCCAGUGGGAAUACAGGAGGGGAGGGGUCACAUACAUCCAGUGACAAUACAGGAGGGGAGGGGUCACAUACAUCCAGUGAGAAUACAGGAGGGGAGGGGUCACAUACAUCCAGUGGGAAUACAGGAGGGGAGGAGUCCGAUACAUCAAGUAUGAAUACAGUGUUUGGAUACUUGUAG